AAGAGAGGGCGUAAAUGAUAACGUGAAAGAUCUUUCUUCCGCAGAAGAAGAAACAUGCUUCCGGUCUGGCCUGUCUUCCCCGUGCGGCGUUUCGUAGUUUGUGAAACUACUUUUUAAUUAUUUGGGCCUUUAGUUUUGAAAUACUUUGAAUAUUUUCCUGCCGGUCGUCCAGCUUCUCGUCGCAGAAGUUGAGCAUUGCUGCACUGUGUGCGUCUUCCACAUGAGAGGCGAUGAGGCGACCCGGUGGAGGGAGGUGGGCUGCCAGUGGGAGCCCCAAGUGGGCUGGACCAGCGAGGUCGCCUGUCAGAGAGACGUGGACAGUCGUGAUGUUGCUGUCCAGGUGGACCUGCUCACUCACACACUCGGCUGGCGACACAAAGGCACGGCCGCCAUGCCGGUUCAGUGUUCGGCGCGCCAAUCCGCCGGACAAAAUGGCGGCGCAGUGUUGAGCAGGGUCAAAGCUGUUCGAAAUGCCGUCAAAACACAGACGCCAUGCCUCCCCGUUUCCUCCUCUACCCCCCCGCAGCUGUCUGGCGCCCGGCCGCAGAGGAUACGACGCCCUCCCAAGUGGCGAGAAGACCUGCUGACGCCACCCGAGCCCCUGUCUAGUGACUGUUCUGACGUGGCGGCGGCUGACGAAGCCACGCGGACGCCACUUGAGGCAGGUGCGUUGGCGGUGGUGAAGCUGGAGGACGAGAGCAGCGUGUGCGACGUGUGCGGUCAAGUGAUGAAGAACAAGUCCAGUUUGAUCCGCCAUUCUUUCAUCCACACGGGCGAGAAGCCGUUUGCGUGCCACCUGUGCGAGCUGCGCUUCAAUCGCCGCGACAACCUGCGCCAUCACCUCAGCCACGUACACCCGGGUGGUGUUGCCAGGCGGGAGAGGCGGCGGCCUAAGCAGACGUGGCUGUGCGACGCGUGUGGGAAGACCUUUCGCUGCAGGUCGGCGCUCAAGACGCACGAGGUCAUCCACCUGGGCGUCAAACCUCACCACUGCGACCUUUGCCCCAAGGCCUACAUGCGCACCAUUGACCUGGAGCACCACAAGAAGACGGUGCAUGAGGACGGCGGCGAGAGGACGCGGAGCGCCGGCUCGCUGCUCUGCGACUUCUGCGGCAAGGAGUUCAAGUUCCGGUCACAGCUGGCCGCUCACCUGCUGACACACACGGACGAGCGGCCGCACCUGUGCGAGGUGUGCGGACGUAAGUUCUGCCGCCAGUUCCAGCUGGAGCGCCACAAACGGCUGCACCCCGACGGCUGCGCUGAGCACGGAACGCUGCCUUGCCAAGUCUGCGGCCGGCGGUUUAACACGGAGGCGAUGCUUGCCGCGCACUCGCGUGUGCACACGGAUGACAAACCCUUCCGCUGCGGCGUGUGUCUGCGCAGGUUUAUGAGCGGCGCCUGCCUAAAGAGGCAUAACACACGAGUGCACCUCAAAAUGGGGCUGAAGGCGCCGACAUUCUCUGGCACCUCACGUGCGCCCAAAGUCUUCCCGUGCUCCAUGUGCGGCAAAGUGUUCAAGUUCCCGUCCCUGCUGGCCAACCACGCCGCCGUACACAGCGAGGAGCGACCGCACUCAUGCGACAUGUGCACCCGCCGCUUCCGGCGCCUCAGCCACCUCAAGAGACACCGGCGAGUUGUCCACCUGGACGGCGCUCGCCCGCCACAGACUUUCAUCUGCCAUAUUUGCGGCAAGGACAAGAAGUGCCGCUCGCAGCUGGCCCGGCACAUCAUCAUACACACGGGCGAGCGACCCUUCGGCUGUGAACUUUGCGGCGCGCGCUUCAAUCGCCAUGGCAACCUGCAGCAGCACAGGAAGCGAAUGCACGGCGUGGGGAUGCCGUGCGCAGACGAAGAGACGCCUGUGCUGUUCGAUGACCUCGACGGGGACGUUAGCUACAAACAGGAAGAGAUUGUGACUAGUGAAGUGGCCACGCCCCCUGAAUGAAACUUACCUCCCGUUUAAUGCAAAGUUGUCAAUAAAACUUAAAUACCA